GAUCUUUUUAUUAUGCUCGCUGAGGAAUGAAGUUCGCGCCGCACAGCAACGAGUGCGGUCAUUAAACUGAUACCAGGAGCCGUUUGUAAUAAAAAUCUGUUUGGUUUGUGGAGAGGACAAGAAAAUUACAACCGUACAUUCUAUCUUCUGGUGUCGCUGUCCGCCAUUUUAACAUGAAUGAAAGCCACCCGAAGGAACAUCUCAGCGGCGCAGCAUCCAUUAUUCUUUCAUUGUGGUUCUUCUUCUCCGGCUUAGCAGCUGUGACUGGAAAUGCAGCUGUUUUGUGGCUGUUCUACAAAAACCAGUCAUUUCGAACAAUUUCCAACCGACAUUUAGCCUCCCUAUCUGUUGCAGACUUUUCGGUCGGGCUUAUUGUGGACCCUCUGUGGAUAGUCAUCAGAUGUUGGAUUAAGCCGCGAGCUGAAACCGGUUUGUACGACUCUAUAGAAGUGCUGUGGGUUUACACCACCGCCACCACUACUUUCAACAUUUGUUGUGUUUCUGUCGACCGGUUUAUUGCCAUUCGCUUUCCUUUCCGUCAUCAGGACAUUGUAACCAAGAAAAGAUGCUACACGGUUAUAACUUUGGUGUGGUCAGUCUCCCUGGGUCUUUCCAUUUCAAUGCUAUUGCAGAAUGAUGAAAAUGUUAAAAAAUUCUUUUUGCUGUUACCAAGUAUAAUCUUUGUUUUCCCAUUGUUAGUCGUCUCGUUUUGCUAUAUCAGUAUUUUUCGGGUUGCCAGAAAACAAUUUAAAACAAUGUUAGCGCGGGAGAGUUCGCAAAACUGCGACGAAAACAUUAGAGUCAGUCUUUUUUUGCAAAAUUUCAAAGCUAUCAAAACAGUUGGAUUUGUCGUGGGUGCUUGUAUUAUCACAUGGAUGCCCAGUUUAGCUCUCUAUAUAGUUAGCUGUUACCAUAUAUUAGUGACAGACCAGUACGAAACGUUUGAAUCAUUGCUCUAUGUUGCGUGGCCUUGGGCUGAAGCCAUCGCUUUUACUUCAUCAGCGAUGAACCCAAUGAUAUAUUACUUCAGAAACAGCGAAUUUCGCCAAGUUUUUCGCAGAACCUUCCAGCGACUGUCCUCUCUUGACGUGAACAAUUCACCCGAUAUUGACCUGAAACGAGAAAGAAACCGAACGUACGAAAUGGAUGGACGAGUGGGAAUUUAGCAUGGCUAGAUAUAGAGUAAUGAAGACAAGUCGAAUAUAACAGUAAUCCGCCCGCAAGCAAACCUGGUCGGCCUCCAUAA